GGCCCACCGAGUCGUAGCAAUGAGACUGAGAUGAUGCGCGUUUCGGGUGGGUCCCUUGGAAAAGAACGCAGCUGCUUUUCUCGGGGUCAAGCAGGGAAUGUCGAUGUUGACCUGUAAUUGCCUGGCGAACUUGGAAGUCAAUCCAUUAUUCAGCGAAACACAUACUAAUGUUGUCAACGUCGUUCGGCCGUCGCGCAACCUGAACAGAGCAGAUGUUCCUCCAGUACCGACUCUCCCGAUGACCAGGUCCAUCGGGCCCCGAUUCAAGUACGACCCGGCCGCCUGGUAUCUCAGCAAUACUCAAGGCGCUUCGACCCAACGGCCGAAUCUCGACUGGUCUGAUGUAGAGAGUGCAGCCAAGACGCCAAGAAAUCGCAGACUUCUCCCGCGUCUGUUUUGCACGGCCGUCAGUGCAGGUGAAUAGAGCGGAAGAUUGGAUGAAGUCAUCCGCCGAUUUUGCGUGCAAUGCGCCUGGUCAGCCGACGAAGAAAAUGCCGGGUAGUUGAAUGGAACAGCAGCAGCAGGGUGAUCAUUGGGUCAGUAAGACUGAGUUGUCUGUCCCUUUAUAAUUUUCUGCCGCUCGAC